AUGGGCAUGCCCUCGUUCUGCAAGGGGGUUGUUUGGAGUUGGGGGAUUCCGAGCCUGCACACUGGCCAGACCAUGGCUGCCGCCAAAAGGACAGCCUCGAGGCCAAGGCAUGCCGACGUGGCGGUGCAUAAAUCCCGGCCCCAACCCCGCGGGAGCAUGAGUGUGCCCCUGAUACAAAGUGCCUCAUCUGCAGGGCACCAGCACCCCUGCAACCCCAUCCAGUCGCCCGGCCAGCGGUGCAUGCCCCCUCCUCCACACACACACACCCCUUUUUUCCCCCCCCGCCGCACCUUGAUGGCCAUCCAGGAGUCGGGCUUGAUGAUGCUGCCGGUGCUGUUCACCUCCAGCACCCGGUUGUCGAGGUGGGUGAUGUGCAGCAGCGCCCCCGUCAGCGCCUCCACCAGCGACACCUUCUUCUCGUAG